AUGGGUCAUCUCGUAACUGUUGCGACAUGCUCAUUGAACCAGUGGGCCUUAGAUUGGGAGGGUAACGCUCAGCGCAUCAUCGAGAGUAUCCAGUUAGCCAAGGCAGCGGGUGCACGGCUACGUGUCGGGCCGGAGUUGGAAAUAUGCGGCUAUGGAUGUCUCGAUCACCUGAUGGAGCAAGACCUCUACCUGCACUCCUUGGAGAUGCUUAGACGGAUCCUCCUUGAUGAGAGUUGCUACGGGAUAUUAUUGGAUAUAGGCAUGCCUAUCCAACAUAGGAAUCAGCGGUUCAACUGUAGAGUCAUAUGUCUCAACUCCAAGAUCCUCAUGAUCAGACCUAAGAUGUGGCUUGCGAACGACGGUAAUUAUCGGGAAAUGAGAUUCUUCACACCGUGGAUGCACCCCCGAGAGGUCGAAGAUUAUCACCUGCCUCGCAUGCUUCAAGAAAUUCAAGGGGCUAUACAUGUACCAUUCGGCGACGCUGUUAUUUCCACCCCAGACACCUGCAUGGGCGCCGAGACUUGCGAGGAGCUUUUCACUCCCGCAGCACCUCAUAUCCCUAUGAGUCUCGACGGCGUGGAAAUAAUCACGAACUCUAGUGGAUCACACUUCGAACUUCAGAAACUUGAGACUCGACUCCAACUCAUAACGGAGGCUACCCGAAAAUGUGGAGAGGGUUGUGACGGUGACCGGCUGUAUUACGAUGGUUCAGCCAUGAUUAUCGUGAACGGGGAUAUCGUUGCCCAAGGCUCGCAAUUCAGCCUCAACGACGUCGAAGUGGUGACGGCAACCGUAGAUUUGGAAGAAGUCCGGGCCUACCGGUCGGCUAUCUCUCGAGGUUUACAGGCCGCCAGAUCCAGCGCCAAGUAUAGACGUAUUCAGACUACGUUUGAGCUCAGCUCAGAAGAAGACGACUUCGACGUUGGAAAGCGCCCAUCCCCACCGGUCAGACCACGGUAUCAUACGGUGGAAGAAGAGGUUGCCCUCUCUGCAGGCUGCUAUCUUUGGGAUUAUCUGAGGCGGUCCGGUGUAGCAGGAUACCUAGUUCCCCUAAGCGGAGGCAUAGACUCCUGUGCUACGGCAACUAUCGUUUACUCAAUGUGCCGCAUUGUGAUGGACGCUAUCAAAGAAGGAAACACUCAGGUGAUCGAGGAUGUCAAGAGAAUCGCUAAGUACAAAGGUGAGGGUGUUCUUCCCGAGACCCCACAAGAGCUUUGCAACCAGAUAUUUUCGACCAUAUACAUGGGGAUGAAGGCGCAGAGUUCCCGUGAGACAAGACAGCGAGCAAAGGACCUAGCAGAAGCUAUAGGGAGUUACCAUGUCAACCUAGACAUUGACGACAUCUAUAAUGCUCAGAAAGCACUUGUCGUCAACACGCUAAGCUUCGAACCGAAAUUCAAGGUCCACGGUGGCAGCCAUCAGGAGAAUCUCACAUUACAGUGUCUCCAAGCACGAAUUCGUAUGGUCACGGCUUAUGAAUUUGGGCAGAUCUUGCCGACUGCCCGAAAUAGGCCUGGAGGUGGGAGUCUGCUUAUCCUUGGGAGUGCGAACGUAGGAGAAUCUCUGCGCGGUUACCUGACGAAAUAUGAUUGCUCAAGUGCCGACAUCAACCCUAUUGGUUCAAUUGAUAAAGCCGAUUUGAAGUCUUUCAUAGCAUGGGCCGAGAAAAAUUUCAAUCUGCCAUGCCUACACGAUUUCCUAACUGCUACACCAACCGCCGAGCUUGAGCCUUUGACGGAAACUUAUGUCCAGAGCGACGAGGCAGAUAUGGGAAUGACUUAUGCCGAGCUAACAAUCUUCGGGCGCCUGCGUAAGGAAAAUAAGUUGGGACCUUUCGCCAUGUUCCAGCGGCUUGUUCACGAUUGGAGCGCCGAUCGUGUCAAGAGUCCAGAUGACGAUGCCCCUGAGUACACGCCCACCCAGGUAGCAGAGAAGGUCAAACGCUUCUUUCAUUUCUACGCCAUUAAUCGCCACAAAAUGACUACUCUUACUCCUGCCUUGCACUGCAACCCAUAUUCUCCAGACGAUAACCGGUUCGACCUCCGACCGUUCCUGUAUCCUUCGUUCUGGAAGUCGUGGUCGUUUAAAAAGAUCGAUUGGGAAUUAGAAAAGAUCGAGAAACGUAUGAAGAAGAAAUAAAUCAGCAGCGUGCAGGCUUGUUUCUCAGCUUGGAAUGUAAAAUAAACAAAGUCGUCACUCGACGCAUGAUUCGUGGGAGUGAUAUAAUUGGAGUGACUAUUUGUUAAGACAUAUCAAUGUUACUUGUUAGCGAGGGCUACAUCAUAACUUAACCAUUAUAGAAAGAAACUCAAGAUUUACGAUGAGCUAGCCUUAGCUUACAAAAUGAGUAAGUAAAUACGCUUCAUGGCAUGGCAUAUCCUCGGGACCUAGAGGCUUCCAAGACCUCAUGCGACGGUAGACGACGAGGGAAAAAAAUUAGAGCUGGUGAGCUGGUUGAGUUGGCGGGGAUACGUGAGAUUGCCUACAUUCUUACAUUUAGAAUCACUGGAGCAAAAGGGUCGGUGCUUGGGGGAUAUUGUUCAUACUAAUUAGGCGGGCUGGCACUCGAGAAUCUGUCUUUGGGAGGUGUUUAUUCCUUUAACUGACAGUUACCGCCAGCUACGGAUUAGGGAACAAAAUACACCUGACCGCCCACCAAAGAUGAUUAGGAGAGGAUA